CAGACGAUGCUAGAUGCUUUACCUACCAUCUUGCUUCUCAUUCAAUGUAACUCUAGUGAGCUAUUAUCUUACGCCUGAUAUACCUGCUUGGUUUAGAUUGAACUUGCGUCUAUGGACACAAGAGACUCGCAUCGUGUGGUUCUCCAAGUUUGCGUCACUGACCUGCCUGGCUCUCCUCAAAAUCGACACAAUGUCCUUGGGAAUGCGUUCUGCAAGCAAAUCUUGAAACGCGACUUCAACAGCCAAAUCCAAGCACCAAGCUAUGAUUUUAUGCAUAUACCACCUAACUUUGACACGGAGAAGCCGGUGCGACGAUGGUUCAUAUGCGACCUGAAUGUCAACAGACGCCUUAACAAGGAGCAAGUGUUGGAGCUUCCACACAGCGUUUACUCCGUAAGUCGGCGCAACAACGAGUGGAACUUUAUUCCUAGAAACCAUUACGUCGAGAAGGCAAAGGAGUACUGUGCAACAUACUACUGGGGAGGGAGGCAAGAGCAGGACAUGGCAGAUACACUGAGAGUGUCUCAGAUAUCAAACAGGGGAGAGACAGAGAGCACUUGAAGCCGUCAAUUAUGCCUGCAUUCAUAUAGCUGGUAUCAGACCUCCAUGGCUGUGUGGAUAUCAUGGAGUCUCUGGUGGUGUUUCUCCUCGACACUCUGGACAAUUUUGGUCAUCGUCGUCCUCCUGGAGCACAUGUUCACGCUCUCUUUGCGCAGGAGGACAUAGAGCACCACCAGAUUGCACGACUGUUUGACAUCUGGUGUGAUGUUUGAAGCGGAGGGGAUCUUCGCCGCGGCUCACAUGCGUAGGCGCGCAGCGGAACCGAGCAACGACGUCGUAACACAUCUAUUGAGGAAUUAGUAUGUAGCCGGUAGUGGCCUGUAAAACAAACUUUGCUGCAAGAAAAUUUCUGGCUUGAAAUCUAUUUCCUAAGUGAAUAUAUGUCAACUCGGAAAGCCAACCAUAGCUAAGUUCACCAGCAUUCAUUGCGGACCCUCGGCUUUCUCAUUUGAGUCUAACCUACAAUAGACCUAUUUUAGGCGGUUUCAGUCCUCUUUACGGACCAACAAUCUAAAGUAGCAACACCUUCCUGUUAUAGCCGAUCACCGACAACUUAGAAUGUCGAAACAUUCACUGUCGAACCCCAGCCAGCGAUAAAGAAGGCUCGCUCUAUUUCUGCUGUCGAGCCACUCUAUGCCGUAAGAGAUCUUAUUGCGAGGUUCACCAGGCUCUUCUUCAGUUGGCUUUUCAAAGUGCUCAACGGUGAGCUCUAGAGGACCCGC